AUGACUGUCAUAUUGACCCAGCCAACUCAAUCACCGCACUCAUCCCCACACCAGCCCCGGCUCGCCGCCGCCUCGUCGACGCAAUCGCGUCUUCAGCACCACGGCCCUUCGUCGCACCCGCGGCCCCACGACCAUCGGCGCGCGGCCCAUGGAAAGCCUGCAGAGAUGACGCUGCGAUCCGACAUGCACGGCUCGCUGCCCUCCAACCCCACCACCAACGGGGAGACGUCGAGGUUCAGGGCUCAGGGCGACAGCAGUCCCGACCGCGACGCCUCCUCCAACAGCGGCGACAGGCGGCCAUUCAGCGCUCCCGGCAGGGAGAACGGAGUCCCGGCUCCGGCCGAGGUCCGGGAUGACCUGGAGACUGAGAUACCAAGGCGGCCAGUCAAACCCCAGCUGCACCGAUCCAAGAGCGACUACGCACCCCGCCAAGCCGACGAUUCGGAACCCGAUGACGAGAUUCGCGAAUGGGGAGCUAGGCACGGCUUCGAGGACCAUUACCAGUCGGAACACAUCAUAUCUCAGCUCGUAAACAAUUGGUACAUGUAUUUCACCGACAAGCGCCACGAGACGACUGGCAAGCCAAAGCCCCUCGAGUACGACCUCCAGGACUGGCGCCAGAGAGACAGGCUCAAGACCGUCUCCGCCGCACUGGCAGUCUGUCUGAACAUCGGCGUCGAGCCGCCCGAUCAGCUCAAGACGACGCCCGGCGCCAAGCUCGAGGCCUGGACUGACCCUACCAUCCCCCCCAUCCAGAAAGCACUCGAGAACAUUGGCAAGGCUCUCCAGGCCCAGUACGAGACGCUGGCCAUCAGGGCCCGCUACAAGCAGUACCUGGACCCGUCUGUCGAGGAAACGAAAAAGUUCUGCGUGUCUUUGCGCCGCAACGCCAAGGACGAGCGCGUUCUGCUGCACUACAACGGCCAUGGCGUGCCCAAGCCAACGGCCUCGGGCGAGAUCUGGGUCUUCAACAAGACGUAUACGCAGUAUAUCCCCGUCAGCCUGUACGAUUUGCAGCAUUGGCUGCAGGCACCCACCAUCUUCGUCUGGGACUGCUCUGAGGCCGGCAACAUCCUCAACAACUAUCAUCGCUUCGUCGAAAAGCAUGAGGAGGAAGAGGUGGAGGCGGCCGAGCGAGAUCCUCACUACGAAAAGACCAGCUUCCGGCCCUACAUUCACCUGGCUGCUUGUGCGGUGAAGGAGAAUCUCCCUACAAAUCCUCUCCUGCCGGCCGAUCUCUUCACCGCCUGCCUCACCACCCCGAUCGAGAUGGCGCUCUGGUUCUUCGUCCUCCAGAACCCACUGAAGACCAAUCUCACGCCGGAACGUGCCAAGCAGCUGCCUGGUCGACUUCAGGAGAGGCGGACUCCUCUCGGUGAGCUGAACUGGAUCUUCACGGCCAUCACCGACAGCAUUGCAUGGACAACCCUCCCUCGGGAUCUCUUCCGCAAAUUCUUCCGCCAAGACCUCAUGGUCGCUGCCCUAUUUCGCAACUUUCUUCUAGCCCAGCGCGUCAUGACCGUGUACGGCUGCCACCCGCAAUCCUACCCUGCUCUGCCCGACACCCAUCAACAUCCCCUCUGGGAGACAUGGGACCUGGCAGUGGACAUGGCACUGGCGCAGCUUCCGAUGCUAGGGAAGAAGGAGAGCGAAGGCGUCGAGUACGAGUAUCAGAACUCGACCUUCUUCACCGAGCAGUUGACGGCGUUCGAUGUCUAUCUCACCCGGGGGGACGCCAUGGCGCAGAAGCCGCCCGACCAGCUGCCCGUCGUGCUUCAGGUGCUGCUGAGCCAGCAGCACAGGGUUCGAGCGCUCAUCCUGCUCGGGAGAUUCCUGGAUCUCGGGCCGUGGUCUGUUCAGCUGGCUCUCAGCAUAGGAAUUUUCCCCUACGUUCUCAAGUUGCUGCAGUCUGCGGCGGCGGAGCUGAAGCCCGUCAUGGUCUUCAUAUGGGCCAGGCUCAUCGCCGUGGACAUUUCCUGCCAACAGGACCUCAUCAAAGACAGCGGAUACAGCUACUUUGCCCAGAUUCUCAAACCAUCCGAGGGGCUGCCGGUGGUUGAUAGCGACGAGCACAAGGCCAUGUGUGCAUUCAUCCUUGCAAUGCUCUGCAAGGACUACAAGAACGGCCAAAUGGUCUGCAACCAGACCGACAUCAUGUCCUACUGCCUGGCUCACCUGCAAAAUGCAAACAACCCGCUCUUGCGACAGUGGGCAUGCCUAUGCAUCAGCCAGCUUUGGCAGGGCCUUCCCGAGCCCAAAUGGCGCGGCAUUCGAGAGAAUGCCUACGUGAAGCUGGCGUACCUGAUACGGGACCCGUGUUGUGAGGUUCGAGCCGCCAUGAUACACGCCAUGACGACGUUUCUGGGCAUUCCCGAUCUGACGGAAGAGGUUGCCCGGAUCGAGGAAUCAAUAGCCUGGACGAUCUUGGACAUGGGCACGGAUGGCAGCCCCAUGGUUCGCAAAGAGUUUCUGGUCUUCUUGUCGCACUUCAUCACUCGCUUCGAGAACAAAUUCAUGGUCGCGGCGUUUGAACAGCUUCAAGAGGAGAAGGAUUAUCUCUGGUUUCCACCCCAGGACGACGGACAGGACCACAAAAUGGGACUUCACUACGCGAGGCCAGAAAACAGGAACAGGGAUGGCACCAUCAAGGUCACGGCACAUGGCUUGUCCCACAACACCGUGUACAUGGCAUGCUGGAAGCACGCCCUGAUACUGAGUGUGGAUCCCCAUCCGGAGGUGCAACGCGAGGCGACCAUCAUUGUCGACUACGUGCACAAUGCGCUCCUCAAUUCGAGCAUCGGCGAGCCGGCCCAGACCAUCAUGCUAGACAUUCAGCGACGGGCAAACAAGGCAGCACAGAGGCAGGCUGCCAGUGCGAUGCAGAGAAACUCGCUCAGAGGCGUGCCAAGCACACCUCCAGUGUCUUCCCCGGGCCUGUUGCGGAGGACCGCGAGCCUGCUCUUCCCGUCGUUUAUUGGGAACGAGGACAGGUCAAGCACGGGCACCCCCUCCAGCCCCAGGCCGCCCCGAUCUCCCUCAGCCAAGGUACCACCGGAUCAGAUGUCUGCGCCCCCAGAACAAAACGACCAAUCCCACGCCCUGGCGUCGUACAACGUUGCGCGCGAGCCUCUCUCCGGGGCGUACGAGGAACGGGACCUCGCAAAACUGCCGACCCUGCCCCUCAAGAGCGGGUUUCUCGAGUGGUCCAUCGAGUACUUUCGCGAGCCGCAGAUGAAGGCCAGCGAGGCGGACGAACCAGGUAGCACCGAAUACAACGAACGCCUGUGGCGAAGAGCGCGAAACGAAACCCUGCUCCGGGAGACGCAGCCGCUGAAGCAGCUUGCUGGCAGCCACAAGUGGAAUAACCAGCUCGGGAUCGUCAACAACGGCGCUCAGCCAGCCAAGAUGACGUUUCAUCAGUACGAGGACCACCUAGCGGUUUCAGACGACGGCAACACUGUCUAUGUCUGGGACUGGAAGAAGCAAGGCCGCCUGAGCAGGUUUUGCAACGGAAAUCCCGAGGGGUCCAAGAUUAGUGACAUGAAGUUCAUCAACGAAGACGACCAAGCCUUCUUGCUGACGGGGUCUUCGGACGGCGUGAUUCGCGUUUACCGCAACUACGACUCUGACACGACGAUCGAGCUCGCGACGUCGUGGAGAGCUCUGACGCACAUGGUACCGAGCAACGUCAACUCGGGCAUGGUGUUUGACUGGCAGCAAGUCACGGGCCGUGUCCUGGUGGCAGGCGAUGUGAGGGUCAUCCGGGUGUGGUCUGGGUCGUGCGUGACGUCCCUCACGUCGGACCAGAUGACGGGCAAUAUCUUCGUCGCAGGCUUCGGGGACGGAGCUGUGCGGGUGUUUGACAUGAGAAAUCGGCCGCAGGACUCCAUGGUCCGGAAAUGGAAGGAUGAAUCGGACCGGCAAUGGAUCAAGAGCGUGCACAUGCAGCGCGGCGGGCAGAGAGAGCUGCUCAGCGCCAGUCGCAACGGCAAAGUCAAGGUGUGGGACAUUAGGAUGGACCGGCCGUUGCACGCCAUUCAGGCCACACGAGACACGCUGCGGACAAUGUGCACGCAUGAGCAUCUGCCGGUAUUCGCCGUCGGCACGUCGCAACACUCGGUCAAGGUUUUCAACCUGGAUGGGAACGAACUGUCCCGCCUUGAGCCGUAUUCGAGCUUCCUGCAGCAGAACCGCGGAGGGCCAAUUUCAGCCACGGCGUUCCAUCCUCACCGCCCGAUGCUGGCGUGCGCGGCUCGCGGCGACCACCACAUCAACCUGUUCACCUGCGAGAAGGCCGAGCCUCUGCAUUUUGGUUAG